ACGGACGGCGCGGCUCCGCUUUUAGCCCACUUGAAAACUCGUCCUCUGCAUGAAUGAUAGCGACAUCUGGGAGGAGCACAGCAACGCGCAUUCAGGAUGGGAGCCGCGAUGACGAUCACAUGGCUGCUCUUUUCACUCAGUCUUCUAUGUCACAAAACGCACUCAGACGUUUCGACUGCGGCUACCGGAGUCACCGUGGCGAAGGAUCCCCCCACGCAAAGGAUGACGGCUUCGCCCUCCAAAGCGCCAACCGUCCCCAGCAAAGUGACAAUCCCGGCUGUAGUGCAGCCCGUUACUAACAAACCACAAACAGUCGCGUCGACAAGCGGAAACGCAGGGACGGUGACGCAGGCGGCGGCGGUUUUACCACCGGUCAGCUUGGCUCCCGCUGUAACGGCACCCAUUGUCAAGACAACGCUCGCCCCUUCCCAAUCGCAUCAGCCCCAAACGGUGACCGCGACUGCUGUUGGCAUCCCCAGUGCGGUACCUACUCUUAAGAGCGCAUCCCCCGCCCCGAUGCCCACGGCAAGAACACCCGAUACCACCCUCACAGUGGCGCCACGAGACAGCACGCAAACGGCAGGCAAAAAAAACGAUGACAUUACUACGGUUAAACCGACGGUCAAGGCGUCCACAUACGCCCCCACGGCAAAUCAUCAGCUCGCCGUGCACACCACCGUCAUCCUCAAGACGACUCAACGGGAGAUCCAAUUGGCGCAAAGCACUCCAACAACCCCCCAACGGACAACGAAUCCAAGGACCAACAAACCAGCUGUGAUGAAUGAGACCACCACACUGUUCCCCGUCCUGGCCCCAACUACUCCCUCCGCUGUUGUGACCACAAGUGCAUCCACCGGUGCCAUCUUCCCGGAAAUUAUCACAACAACGACCACAACAACAAAAACAACAACAACAGCUCUUGCUUAUCCAAAGAAGUUUUCGUACUCGCUAAACAGCGGACAAGAGAAGGAGGAGGAGAAAGACCUCGUGGAGGUGUGCAGGCACCUCAUGGGCAACCUGAAGGACGGAAACUGCACGCUGACGUGGCGCCACCAUAAAGGCAAACUGCUGUUUGACUGCGUGGAGAUCAACGGCAAAGUGAAAACAGCGCUGGCAACUCAGUAUUACGAAGAAAUAACAAAGAAACCGACAGAUAACAAAACCCUGAUCGCCAUUUUGGGGUCGUGUGGCGCUCUGCUGAUUAUGAUCAUCAUCCUGGCCGUGUGCGCCUCCCACCACCGGAAGCCUUACAGCGAGAAUCAGCAACACCUAACCGAGGAGCUCCACACGGUGGAGAACGGUUACCACGACAACCCCACCCUGGAGGUGAUGGAGGUGCAGCCCGAGAUGCAGGAGAAGAAGGUGGCCCUCAACGGCGAGUUCAGCAACGACGGCUGGAUCGUGCCCAUGGACAACCUGCUCAAGGAGGACGUCCCCGACGAGGAGGACACGCACCUGUAGGGAGUGCAAACUCGCCACAGAUGAGACACCAAUCUGACCCCCAAUCAACAGGACCGUGGAGUGGGCCUUAAUAUCGAACUGCGACAACACCUACCAUCAACAUCCAGUUGAGGUUACACUGUGCCUUUAUGAAGGGCUUUAUGUAAAUGUUCAAUAUAUGCUUUUUGUACACGUACCAGAAUUUUAUACGCCACAGUUCAAAGAAAUUAUGCUAUGAAUCAUGAGAUGGGAUCGACAAGCCCGAGUCAAAUUAUACAGCGGCGCAUUGAGAGAUCUUUGAGCCGACUUAGCUCAGCGAUAACACUUCAAAAUUUCAUAAAGAGGCUUACAAUUAGCAUCAAUGUCAGAGUGCUAUGAACCUGCAACAGAUAUUUGAACACAAAACGCGGGCCGACGUGAUUACAGAUAAUAUAAUAAUACUUGCAGGCAUAUAGUCUUAUCUUCUGCUAAGGACAAUAUUACUGCAGCUUACUGUGUGACCGGCUUUUUGUACAGUAGACCUUUGCCUGUAAUAUACUGCCCCCGGCGGCCAAGACAGGUACAUCAGAAGUAGCGCCACAAUGUCCAUUGAAUUGAAGCAAAAACAAACCAAAAAAAACCCUUCUUUAUAGUAAGUAAGUUUCUUUCGGCUUGUCCCGUUAUAUUCUAUUUAAUUAUGACAUCACUAUGUUUUUUUUAUAGACUUCUAGUUUCCUGAUUAAAAUGUUAAAUGUUACAAUUUUGAUUGUUGUGUACCUUAAAAAAAAGUAAUUCAUUUUAAUGGAAAAAUGAUUUGCGAUAUAAGGAUUUGAAGUCACACGCGUAGCCACGUUUAAAGUCGUAUCCCCAGGCAUCACAUAUUUAGUCUGAUGAGAAUCUGGCAUUGAAAUCCUGCCUACAAAUUUUCAGCCAACUAAAAACUUUGAAUAGCUAAACCUGUAAAUAUUGUUAUUACUAUUUUUGUUGAUGCUGGACGGCUCAAGUCAUUUUUGACCCGAGCACAUUUCUUUGAAUGUAUUCUAAUGGUUCACUUCCACUUUAAACCAAUAAAUAAAUAGAUCUCCACAUCAAACUCCAGUAAUUCACUAUUUGGUGAAUAGCGAAAAAAGUAAGAGUAACAGUAAGAAUUCCUGGACGUGCUCCUUUUUAGACAGGACUUUAGUGCCACCUUGUGGGCGUUUCAGAAAGAGCAUUAAAAUUGUGACAGGGUGAGUUUUGCAGAAUUUGUGAAUAGUUAUUACUGUAUGUUAAUGCACCACUUUCAAGCCGCCGUUUUUGUGUUUGUGUGUACUACAUUUCACCAAAGUAUGUUCUCAGUAUUUUUUAAUAUUUGUAUUUAUGGUUGGUUUGCUGAUAGAAGUGAACAACAGGGGUCUGACACACUGGAAAGUUGUAAAUUGUUGCCACAAUAUUUUGCUAAUAAAGCAUUUUUUUUCCCUCC